GUUGAGUCAGAGCUCCAGGAAGAGGCCGGACGCACAGGGGAGAUCAGGCGCGAGCAGGACAGCCUGCAGCUGCUGCCCUGCUGCUUGGUAGUUCGCAUUGCCUGGCAUUUCCACCUGACACAUUCGAUGGUACAGGGGCUGCCCUCCCUGUUAGAGCGAUUCCUGGGGAUGCUUACUUAGUGGAUUUGAAAGUGUCGAAACGAGUUUCAGACAGAGCUUGUUGAGCAAGGAGGGUUGAGAGGGAAGGUUGAGCGGUUAGAAACAUGCACGGAGACAACAGGGGUGUCCCAGGCUGGUGGUCAAGGGAGAAAUCCAAGUGCUGGCCUGGGGUACUGGUUGCUGUGACAUGAGCCCAUGAGACCGCUGCGCUGACUAGGACAGCUAUCUCCAAUAAAGACGGUUAUCCACAUUGGAAGAGGCACUUUCUGUUGGUUCUAUCAAAGGUGCUGUGCACAGGCUCAAUUUAGAAGCCAGUCGCUUGCAACGAUGGUGCACGGGUGAUCAAUUGGGCCAUUCACAAUGUUUGCCAACCUGGAUAACAUGUCAGCCUAACUUUCCACUCCGUAUUGCAAGGCAGCUUGAAUAGCGUUGGGGACAUCAAGACUGCCGUCAAGACAGAUUUCUUGUGUAAAGCAUGUGCUAGAGCACAGAUUCGAGCAGAGAGCCUGUAUCACUACCAUGGUGGACAGGCUAAGAAGUCAUUAGCUACUCGGGGUCCGAGCAGGGCAACUUCGGGUUACUCUGUAGGGCAGCAUGGGGGCAUCGCUCUGUGCUGGGAGACAGGCUUUUCCAGACGAGCAUGAUGGGCAUCCAGCCUAUGUCCAGAAUGCUGUUUAUGGACAGCACAGCUAUGCAAACCAUGCAAGUGCUGACGUCCGGCAGAAACCACUUGGAGGCCGAGAAAGUUCCUAUGCUGCAUCAAGGUUUGAAGCGGGCCAGAGCAGGAGAGUUGAUGUGAACCGGAAUGCAAGGCCCCGAGGGGAGGAAAGACCACCACGUGCAAAUCGUGACUUGCGGGUGGACAUCCCCCCAAGCAUCCCUGCAAACCUGACCACCCCCCCAAGCGCAAGCACGCCUCAGACCCCUGCGGAGGACGACUACUUCAACAGCGUUGACGAAGCUCCAGUCUUCCACGAAAACGGGGAUAGCGCCGACGAUCUGCAGCGCAUGAUCGAGGGUGUCGGGCCGCCGCAAGACACCCUAGAGCCCAUCCGAUGGGCCAAGGGGCAACUGAUCGGCGCGGGUGCAUUUGGGAGGGUCUACAUGGGGAUGAACCUAGAUUCGGGGGAGCUUUUAGCAGUGAAGCAGGUCCUCCUAGCAACUAAUAAUACGUCCAAGGAGAAGAUCCAGGAACAUCUGAAGGGGCUGGAGGCUGAGGUGGCUGUGCUCCGGAACCUGUCGCAUCCGAACAUCGUGCGGUACCUGGGAACCGACCGUGAGGAGGAGUGCCUGAAUAUCUUCCUUGAGUUUGUCCCUGGGGGCUCGAUCGCCUCGCUUCUGUCCAAGUUUGGAAGCUUCAAAGAAACAGUCAUUCGGAGAUACACGUGCCAGCUCCUGCUUGGUUUGGAGUACUUGCACAACCACCAGAUCAUGCAUCGAGACAUCAAGGGAGCCAAUAUUCUGGUGGACAAUAAAGGCGUGAUCAAGCUCGCUGAUUUUGGAGCUUCGAAGAAGCUAGCUGAUUUGGCGACCAUGUCAGAGGGAUUCCGGUCCAUGAAGGGCACACCGUAUUGGAUGGCCCCAGAGGUGAUCAAGCAAACGGGGCAUGGAAGACAAGCGGACAUCUGGAGCGUUGGGUGCACAGUCAUUGAGAUGGCGACAGGGAAGCCGCCUUGGAGCCAGUUCUCGUCAGGGGUCUCCGCACUUUUCCAUAUUGCAUCCUCAAAAGGCCCCCCGCCGAUCCCCGAAAACCUGUCGGCCGAUGGACGCGAUUUCCUGCUCAAGUGCUUUCGGCGAGACCCAAAGGAGAGGCCGAGCGCCACAGAGCUACUCAGGCACCCGUUCAUAGCAGAAGCCGGUCUCGAGCGGUCUAGCAUUUCCCCGUCCCUUGCUAGCAGCACCUUCCUUCCGUCUGUGCCCUCGCAGCAAACGCCCGUGCUGACCAGUGGGACACUCACGAGCGCAGGAGGCCGUACGCCUUCCUACGCUCCCGCCUGGAACAAGCGCCCCGCCACCCCUCCCACCGCCCCCCUCCCCCCUUCCACCAGUUACGACGACGAUAGCAUGCGGCAAGGCUCGGUAGUAUCCUCCCUUCCCCCACAAAGCCUCAACCGAAAUCAGGCCAGCCUCGCUUACGAAAAUCAGCUGGGCCCAAUCGGCGAAGACCAGUCCGCGAGCAGGGGGGAGUAUUCGCCCGGCGAGAGCGGAGGGGGAACUAGGGACGGGGAGAGCUUCCGGGAUGGGGGCCGCCAGAACGGGCACAGGAGCGAAGAGGAGGAGGAGGCGCGGGGUAUGGUGCAGUUCCCGACGGGGCUGGGCGUAGGGGAUUACAAUAACCUCUCGAUGAUGAACUCGUUCAAUCCGAUGGAGGAGCCAACGAUUGCGGGCGACGUCAACAUCGUACACUGGGACAACAGUUUGAGCGAGGACGAAAACCUUGUCUCGGCGGAAGUUCGCAGGCAGCUCGCGGGAGGCCCUGUCAGCAACGAGGGCACCCCCGGCGCCAGUGCUAGCAAUGCCGACCCGCCCAAAAGCAGGGCCCACUCACGGCAGAGCUCGAGAGAGAGGGAGGAAGAACGGAAAAGCGUGCGGUCAAAGACGGAGGAAGCAUACGUAAAUAGAGAGGAGAGGGGGGACGAGGGUUAUCGAGGCAGGACGGGGCGGUUAGUCGAGGGGGAAGAGCUCAGAACCGGGAGGUUAGACGAGGGUUAUCGGAGCAAGUCUGGGCGGUUAGACGACGGCAGAGCUGGAAAGGCGGAAGAAGCAUAUGGCGGCAAGGGCGGGAAGUUGGAAGAGGGUUAUGGUGCCAAAAGCGGGAGGUUAGACGAGGGUUACGGAGGCAAAAGCGAGCGGUUAGAGGAGGGUUCCAAGGGCCGGUCGGAAAAGGAAGAUCUGGGCACCGAGGAAGUCGUGAACGAAGAAACGCUCAUGGCGUUCCUAGACGAGCAGGCGCAAAAAUUUAAAGAGCUGAUUGUGCCUCUUGAGGAACAGGCGAACUCGAGCCUCCGGUAUUCGGACGCUUCCGACGAGCGCUCCGGCGAGGAGACGGACGGCUACGGGGCGACCAGCGUGCAGCAAGAAGCCUACUCGGGGUCGCCCUCUCGAGAAGACGACUCGUAUGCGCCACCCGACGAGGAGGGGCGUAAUGGAUACCCCGACUCUGGCGGGGGGGAGUUUUACGGCCGAGGCAAUAAUGGGUACAGCCAAGCGGACAGCUAUUCCUCCCCCCGAGGGAACGGCUACUCCCCCCAGCCCGCCGAUCCCUACGCCAGCCCGCGAGUGAACGGAUACCCCCCCGACCCGUACCGAGACAGCUACGACGCGCCCCCGAGGAGCUUCCGGGGCACCCCCCGAGGCCAGGAAACUUACGCGCGUACCCCGGUACCCCGGGUCCCGCAGACCGAGCCCCGAACCCGUGCCAACGCUGGGGGGUGCGUGGUUCCCGCGGAGGGGGGCCCGUCGCCAUUGAUCGCGCGGGCGCGGGGUGCGCGCAGUUUCCGGGAGGGCGGGAGCGGCGGCGGCACCAGCGGGAGCAGCGGCGCGAGGAGCAGUCGGGACGGGAGUGACGUCAGUGUCGUACCGGUUGGGGUGAAGCGGGCAACGUCGUUUCUGGAGGGCGGGGCUUCGAGGGCGGACCUGGACCUGGGGCGGCCGCCGCAGCCGUUCCUGACCGAAAGCUUGAAAGACGUGCCGCUUUCCAAGGAAGAGCAGUGGAAGCAAGAGCUCGCAAGAGAGCUCGACAGCGUCCGUGUAAAAGAUCAUUACCGUCGCUCGGUAGCACGACAAUCAGACGACCGGGGAUCGCCUAUGAGCUAUGGAGGCUCGCCAUAUGGUACGCGGGAUAGCUCCUUCAUGCGCCAGAGCAGCAGGCUUGGUCAACCCGUUAUACCCAGAUAGCUUGUACGGAAUCUAACACUGAUUGACCUCGAUCACCUCUUCAGCAUACCGGACUGUAGCAUAUAUAUUGUUGGCGCGUGUUGCUUCUGCAAGGUAAUGUAAGCUAAGCUCUACCGUGACUCUCCUUGGAUGCCUCCUGCAAGUGGGGCAUGCUCAUUCAAGAGAAUGUACGAUUGGACGUUUGUCCCUGUACCGCUGCCUCGAUUCCAUGCGUUGAUCAACGUAACCGCAGCAGUGACAGCGUCAAAUUCACUUCGUUCUCGAC